GGGGGGUGCGAGGGGGGGAGGAGGCGCCGGCGCCGCGGUGGCCCGAGGGGGGGGCGGGGAGGGGGCAACAUGGCGGCUCCGUAUUAACUUCCCCCCCUCGGCAGCCCGCGCUGCCGCCGCUCUCCCCCGCCCCCCCCAUGCCGGGCAUGAUGGAAAAGGGAGCGGAGCUCUUGGGGGGCAGGAGCCUGGCAGCCCCCAACGGCACCAAGAGCAGCAGCCCCUCCAACGGGCACUACUCGGAGCCGGAGAGCGGCGGCGGUGGUGACAGUGGCGACGAGCACGAUGUAGGCAUGAGGGUCGGAGCGGAAUACCAGGCGCGCAUUCCUGACUUCGAGCCCGGUGCCACAAAAUAUACUGAUAAAGAUAAUGGAGGGAUGCUUGUAUGGUCUCCGUAUCAUAAUAUUCCAGAUGCCAAGUUGGAUGAAUAUAUAGCAAUAGCAAAGGAGAAACAUGGAUACAAUGUGGAACAGGCUCUCGGCAUGCUGUUCUGGCAUAAACACAAUAUUGAGAAGUCCCUUGCGGAUCUGCCCAACUUCACUCCUUUCCCCGAUGAAUGGACAGUUGAAGAUAAAGUCCUGUUUGAGCAAGCAUUUAGCUUCCAUGGAAAGAGCUUUCACAGGAUCCAGCAAAUGCUUCCAGACAAGACUAUUGCAAGCCUUGUAAAAUACUACUAUUCUUGGAAAAAAACGCGCUCUAGGACAAGUUUGAUGGAUCGACAGGCUCGGAAAUUGGCUAAUAGGAAUAAUCAAGGUGACAGUGAUGAUGAUGUAGAAGAAGCUCAUCCAAUGGAUGGAAACGAUAGUGAUUAUGAUCCCAAAAAAGAAGCCAAAAAGGAGGUAACAGAUAGCUUAACGGGCAAUAAUGAGCAGCCUGUUCAGACCAGCAAAAUAGGUCUGGGUAGAAGAGAGUAUCAGAGCUUGCAGCAUCGCCACCAUUCUCAGCGUUCCAAAUGCCGUCCACCAAAAGGCAUGUACCUGACCCAGGAAGAUGUGAUAGCUGUUUCCUGUAGCCCCAAUGCAGCCAACACAAUUCUUAGACAGCUGGAUAUGGAACUAAUCUCAUUAAAGCGACAGGUUCAAAAUGCUAAGCAAGUAAACAGUGCACUUAAACAGAAAAUGGAAGGCGGGAUUGAAGAAUUCAAACCUCCUGAGUCUAAUCAGAAAAUCAAUGCCCGUUGGACCACAGAAGAGCAGCUUCUUGCAGUACAAGGUGUCCGAAAAUAUGGUAAAGAUUUUCAAGCUAUUGCAGAUGUAAUUGGCAACAAGACUGUUGGCCAAGUGAAGAACUUCUUUGUAAACUACAGGCGUCGGUUUAACUUAGAGGAGGUAUUGCAGGAAUGGGAAGCGGAACAAGGAACCCUGGCUUCUAAUGGUGAUGCUUCUGCUUUAGGGGAGGACACAAAAAAUACUUCUAAUGUGCCAUCAGGAAAGAGCACUGAUGAAGAAGAUGAGGCACAAAGCACUCCGGCCACUCAGUGUUUAGGCCCUUCACCUCCAGCGCAGGCAUCUGCUCCAGCACCUACCGCUCCCAUGGCAACUUUAAAUCAGCCUCCCCCGUUACUUCGUCCGGCGCUUCCUGCUGCUCCUGCCCUCCACCGGCAGCCUCCGCCGCUCCAACAGCAGGCACGGUUCAUCCAGCCCAGGCCGACCCUAAACCAGCCUCCCCCUCCGCUCAUCCGCCCAGCUAACUCCAUGCCUCCUCGUCUAAACCCACGGCCCGUGUUAAGCACGGUUAGCGGCCAGCAGCCACCCUCGCUUAUUGGAAUUCAGACAGAAUCUCAGUCCACUCUGCACUGAAGAAAUAAAGCAGAAUUCUGCUAACUCCUACAUUUGGAAAAUCGGAUCAGUGUACUUUUUCUUUUCUUUGGUUUUUUCCUGUUUCCAAACAAUGAAGGGGAGAAAAGAGCAAGCCUUCACAGCUACCUGACCAGUCCUACAGAGGAGCAAGCUAAUACCUACACGGGAAUGAGCACCCGUAUAAAAGUAUUUUUAUGUCAGACUUGUACAGCAGAACAAUGCCUCCAAUACAGCCCUCCUCUCUAUGAAUACCUGUUGAAGGAAGCUGACUUCUUCAGUGAAUAAAUGUUCAACACACCAA